GGAAGACCAUCGUGAAUGGAUGAGUUUUUUGAGCACACCCAUACUCGCAAAGAGGAUAGGACUCAAUGGGUUGAUGAACACUCCCGAAUGGCAAAGGCUGAGCAAAAGCGACAGGCUGCUAUAGAGGCUGGUGUAACUGAUCCACCGCCUGUCUCUGAGGAAAGCAUAUGGAUUGAGACAGUGGGUGGAAAACGAAGAGGUAGGGUAUAUGGCAUGGGUGAGGUAAGGAACUCUUCUAUGGUGCGACCUCGGGUUGAUGGGCCAACCACGACCACCAGCACUGAUGUUUUGGAUCUUAGAGAACAAAUUAUAAUACUCAAUAGGGAAGUUGAACAACAUGCCGCUAAAUAUAGAGAGCUUGAAGACCGCUAUCAAAGGGAGAAAAGAGAGUGGCAACAGACGGUUGAAUCCUUGCGUGAGGAUCUCAACACCAGUAACUCACAGAUGGAUCAGUUUAGUCAUCAACUUAGCAGCUUGAUUGAGUAUGUGAGGGCCAUGGGUCCUAGUAGUUCUGGAUCACGUGUCCCUCCACCUCCUCCUUUUACUUUUCCAAGCUCCCAGAAAAGCGCAGCCCCAAGAAGAAAACUCCCACCUAUCUUGCAGCCCCUAGGACAGUCACAGGGCGCUCAUAUGGAGGAUAAUUCUGACGAUCUCGAUGACUCAGAUGAGGACUAUUUAGAUGAGUACGAGUAGGAUUAUUUACUUUGUUUUGAAUAUUUUGUAUUAUUA